AUGAACCCAAUUCUCAAAACUCCGCAAGAUUCGAGGUCCAGGGAGCACUAUGAGUCGAAUAGCGACUCUGCAAGUAGUCGGAGUCCCUCAUUCAUUGAUGAGGCGAUGGACAGUCUGCGACUAGAGGAAAAGCUCUCCUCCAAGGCAAUCCUGAACCGCUUUUUUUCAGCAGGCUCAGUCAUUCCGACAUCCUCCUCGAAUGCCAAUAGGAAUCAACAAGCUUUCGGCACCAGAUCCGGAUACACUCAAAUUGGAUCGGGAACAUGUGCUGAUGUUUUCGAAGUCCCAGGAGCAGUUCACGUCUUCAAGGCUGCAAAGCAUCCAGGUAAAGAGACAGAUACGCUCUGGAACGAUUAUCGGCAGCAUACCUUGAUUCAAGAAGUAUUCGACACCUAUGGUCGAAGUACCUGGACAGUUCGAGUCCCUCGAUGCUUCUGGUUUGUCGGUCAGGACGAUGAGAGAUGGUGGGAGGAGAACGUCAAUCGCUUCCCAAAACAGCCAGAUCAAUGGACCAAUAUCCUGUGCUCUGAGCGCAUCCUGCCAAUUCCUCGACCUUUACGUCAUGCACUGAUCGAAGAAUACUGCCCCAAGUCUGGUUUCGAGGCUGCAAAAGAGCUGAAAUCUAACAAGCAUUGCCUGGUAAGGCUUUACCUGGGAAAGAGACGGACUAGAGUGAACACGUUGUUCUUCAAUUUGAGGAACUUCAACCUGAAUCUCGACCAGAUGGAAGAUCUGAACUUGGACGUCAGAUAUUUUGCUGUAGCCAUUGCUGAAGCCAUGGCAGUCAUGCACUGGAUCUGCUGGCUCGACGCCAAUGACGUCGAGUUUGUCCUGGGUUCUUCACCCGAUGGCAGCGCCGACGCGAACCAGAUUGUAGCCAAGCCUCUGACCAACAAAGACUUGGAAAAGAUGGCCCCUAAUACCUCUACUUGGGAUGCUCACCUCCAGGACUUCAAAACUCGCCAGAUCCAUAUCUGGAUGCUGGACUUCAACCGCUGCAGGAGUUUCCGGCCAGACGACCUCGGUCCCCUGGUGCACUCCUUCUUCAUCAACGAUCCAUAUUUCCCUCGUCCUUAUGGUCCCGACUCCAAGGAUUAUGGUCUCUGGGCUCUCUUCCGGGACACAUACGUAGAGAGGGGAAUCAAGGGUCUCAAAUGCACUGGAAAAGACGAGUUUGCUGCGCUUCCUGCGCGAACGAUGGAGCUCAUUGAGACGGAACAGAAGAGAAGGGACAUGGCAAAAGGGGCUUCUUGA